AUGCAGACAUUUGGACAUGUCCUACAUGUCUUGUGGCUGACAAAGCGUCUACAUGCCAGCUCUUUGGGAUGGGGUCCUCUGGUGGGAGGAAACCAUCCCAAGGACUCCCAGCAAGCUAGUUUUCAAACCAGCUCGUCGGAAGGAAUCCCUUCUGACAAGCUGGUAGACAAUGGCAAAGACAACCCAUUCUCCGCCGCCAGUCCGGCGAUCUCUAACCUGUUGCCGCUUGGCAAUUGGCCAAGCUUCAGCCAAUCCAACUCCCUCAACCACGGAAACUUUGGAGGCCUGCUUUCUCCUGCUAGCAAUCAAUUGUCACCUAUCAUUGGACCCUCAUCCGGGCCCUCUUUGUCCACCGGCAGUGACAACAAUUGGGCAACGGUGAUCCCUGAUCAGCUGUUGGAGGAAAAGCAAGACAUUCCUGAUGUUGACCAGUCUGCCGGCCCGGAACAACCAGCGGCCCCCUUACCUCCCUCACUUACCGCUCAGGAUACACUUGCAUCUCCUUCAAAGACAGCGAGCUGUUUUACAAACCAGCUCGCAGGGAGGAACCCUUCCCAACAAGCUGGUGAACAUACCAGCUCAUCAGAAGGGAUUCCUUCUGACAAGCUGGUUUGA